AUGCAGGCUAGGUGGGCCACCCUCGCUGACCUCGUUGAGGGGGUGAUUCCGAAAGCCAGGCGACUGGAGGAUGUAGCUGAGGCAUCCACACCACCUCCUGAACGCCCCGCCCCACCAUCAUCCAUACCUCCACAGUCAGAGAGGGGGAUGUCUGUUGGCGACUCCCCGCCGGCGACCACGUUGGAGCCCCCGGCGGAGGGCACAGAGGCCACUGAUGGACAGGUGGACGUCGAGAUGUUGGACGUGGAUCCGGAGGGGGAGGCUGAGGGUGAGGCUAAGGGGGAUGCUGAGGGUGAGGGUGAGGGUGAGGGUGAGGGUGAGGGUGAGGGUGAGGGUGAGGCGGAGCAUGAGGGGGAGCCUGGUGUGGAUGCGGCAGCAUCACCGAAGGAGACUGAGGUGACUCCCGCCGCCGUUGAGGUGCCUGUUGAUACCACGGCCAAUGAACCCGCAAGCCCUCAAGACACAUCGAAUCCCAAGCGAAAGCUUGAUGAUGACGCGGAGGAUGCCCCUGUCGAAAAGAAGAAGAAGAAGGCCGCCGCCACCAAGAAGAAAGCUCCCGCACGUCGUAAAGGUCGGUCCAGGCCCGCGGACGCUGAUGCCACGCCCCCACAAGACGUAGAUGAGGAGGGAGAACAGGUUGAAGGGGAGUAA